CUGACUUAAAUCAACACGCUUCCAGCAGCAGACUAUUUUCAGUGAAAUUAAGUGUAAAUAUUAACAGAGCGCACGAUGAGCUGGCGCUUACGCUGCCUCGUGUUGACCGCUCUAGCUGUGUGGCAAGCGCAUGCAAAGCCAUUGAUAGAAGAUGCCACCUUUUCAGAUGUUGACCUUCUCGCCGAAGACUCGCAUGCUGAUGCCGUCUACGUAGCAACGCCGGCCCGCAGCAAACGCACACCACAACAUUUUGGUGGUAAUUGUGGCUUUAACGGUUGUGGUGGUCGAAACAUUUUCGGCUCAAAUAACAGUCCCGCAUAUAACAGUUACGCUUAUGUGCCUUAUAAUAAUGCGUUGCAGCCACCGGCAACGGUGGUGAAUCAUGUACAUCAACGUGACGGUUCGCCACCACCGAUUGUUCAGUCACAACAACAAUAUCGCCCCUCAUCUCAUCAACAUCAAGCAUCCACCGGCACUGUUGUGCGCCAUGAACAUCAACGUGACGGUCCACCGCCUCCAUCAACCCCCAUUUCAGGUGCUUAUACUGAGCAGUCAUAUAAUUCGUACUUAACACAAAACACUCAUCCACACCACCACCACCGCCAACAUCAUCAUCCACCCCUUCAUGAUUACGAAUAUGCUUCAAAGCCACCACAGCCACCGGUGUCAUGGGCUUCGCUAGCACCGCUAGAUUAUUAUGAUUAUAAUUCGAAUGAAUAUUCGUCAGGUUUUCAUAACCAUCCACCACCAGGGUUCCACGGAGGCAAUCCGUUUGGUCCACCUUAUGGAGCGCCACCUGGCUUUAAUAGACACCCUCCACAUUAUGGACCACCAGGUCAUGGACCACCAGGUCAUGGACCACCAGGUCAUGGACCACCUGGUCAUGGACCACCAGGUCACGGACCACCAGGUCAUGGACCUCCAGGCCAUUAUGGACCUCCACCUCCAGACCGUUUUGGCCCUCCAGGUCAUUAUGGUCCUCCAGGUGAUUUUGGCCCACCCGACGGUGAACCACCCAAUUAUGAAGAACCACCAGAUUUUGGCAAUAGUUCCCCAUCUCCAGUUCCGUCUGCUGAACCAUGGCCUUCACAAGAAACUUCACCAGCACUUCCUCAACCAGCGGAAACACCACCGCCUCCAGCACCUACUCCGCCGGUGAUCGCGCCAGUUCCAAGCACUACACCGGCGCCGGUUUUGGUGACAGUGGCCCCAACCACUUCGACUACAACAACCACAACGACUGCCGAACCAUUUUACGACAUUGAUGUUAGAUUUGGCAACUAAGUAAAGUUGUUUUGAUUGUUGUAAAGCGCGGAAAACUAC